GUCAGGAUCAGCUCCAGAAAUUUAGAGUAUGCAUGGGAGAAUACCAGAACAAACAAGCCGACGAGCACAAAUACAUUACAUAUAAAUAACGAGUCAUAAUGAGCCAUAUUAUAUCACGAUUGAAAUACCUUGUUACAAACGGUUUUCCCGAAGAGUCUUGUAAGAUGGUGUUAGUAGUGAGAAGUGAUAUUGCAAUGGGUCGAGGAAAGACAGCAUCCCAGUGUGCUCAUGCUGCUGUAGAGUGUGUACAACGAUGCUCAAGUGGAAAAAUGAAUAAAAAGAUUCUUGACACCUGGUUCUUCUUAGGACAACCGAAGAUUGUCCUGAAAAUUAGCAGUGAAGAGAAACUUAACGAUUUGGCGAAAGAAGUCAAGACCCGAGGACUCACUGCUGUUGUUAUCAAAGAUGCUGGAAAGACUCAACUGGAACCUGGAACAACUUCAGUCCUGGGUAUUGGUCCUGGACCUAAUAGUAUCGUGGAUGAGCUCACUGCACAUCUGAAAUUACUUUGACAUGUAUGAAGAAGAAAUUGUUGAUGAAUAUCUUUUUUAUUUGAUGAAUACGAUUCUCUUUUUGUUCAGAAUACCCCAACAACAAUUAUGAUUCCACUAAAAAUUUUGUUUCAUUUUUUUUUCAAUAAACUAAAAUUUUAUUAUUGUAUUAA